CUCCUGUUAAAACCUGAGGAGUGUCCAACCCCUGAACCAUUAGAGAGAGAGACACUUCAGAGGAGGUUUCAGCUGAACACUGACCUCUCUCUUCUCAUUCAACACAUUAUUUAUCUGUGAACUUCUUCAAAUAAGGACUAUUGAAAUGGCACCAAUGAAGCAGCUCUUCAUCUUUUGCCUGUUAACAGCAGCAUUGGCACAGGGACCCAGCUCUACCACCUCAAGCAUGGGUGCGUCUGACACGACUAUUUAUAAUCCUGCCACAACAACAAGAGCUCCUGAUACAACAACAGGCGCUCCUGCCACGACGACGGACACUCUUGCCUCAACCACGGGGGCUCCUGCCACAACGACUGGCGCUUCUGACACAACAAAGGGUGCUCUUGCCACGACCAUAGAUACUCCUGCCACGACCACCAACACACUUGCCUCGACCACGGGUGGUCCUGCCACAACAACUGCCGCUUCUGACAUAACAACGGUCACUCCUGCCACAACCACAGGUGCCCCUGCAACAACCACCAACGAUCUUGCCUCAACCACAGGCGCUCCUGUCACGACCACGGACACUCUUGCCACGACCACAGGUGCUCCUGUCUCAACCACGGACACUCUUGCCUCGACCACGGGUGCUCCUGUCACAACAACUGGCACUUCUGACACAACAAUGGGCACUCCUGCCUCAACCACAGAUGCUCCUGUCACGACCACGGACACUCUUGCCACGACCACAGGUGCUCCUGUCUCAAACACAGACACUCUUGCCUCGACCACAGGUGCUCCUGCCACAACCACUGGUGCUUCUGACACAACGGGCACUCCUGCCAUGACCACAGGUGCUCCUCCCACAACCACCAACAAUCUUGCCUCGACCACGGGUGCUCCUGCCACAACCACUGCUGCUUCUGACACAACAACGGGCCCUCCUGCCAUGACCACAGGCGCUCCUGUCUCAACCACGGACACUCUUGCCUCGACCACGGGUGCUCCUGCCACAACAACUGGCGCUUCUGACACAACAACGGGCACUCCUGCCAUGACCACAGACGCUCCUGUCAUGACCACGGACACUCUUGCCACGACCACAGGUGCCCCUGCAACAACCACCAACGAUCUUGCCUCGACCACGGGUGCUCCUGCCACGACAACUGCCGCUUCUGACACAACAACGGGCACUCCUGCCUCAACCACAGGCGCUCCUGUCACGACCACGGACACUCUUGCCACGACCACAGGUGCUCCUGUCUCAACCACGGACACUCUUGCCUCGACCUCAGGUGCUCCUGCCACAACAACUGGUGCUUCUGACACAACGGGCACUCCUGCCAUGACCACAGGUGCUCCUCCCACAACCACCAACAAUCUUGCCUCGACCACGGGUGCUCCUGCCACAACCACUGUUGCUUCUGACACAACAACGGGCACUCCUGCCAUGACCACAGGCGCUCCUGUCUCAACCACGGACACUCUUGCCUCGACCACGGGUGCUCCUGCCACAACAACUGGCGCUUCUGACACAACAAUGGGCACUCCUGCCUCAACCACAGACGCUCCUGUCACGACCAUGGACACUCUUGCCACGACCACAGGUGCUCCUGUCUCAACCACAGACACUCUUGCCUCGACCAUGGGUGCUCCUGCCACAACAACUGCCGCUUCUGACACAACAACGGGCACUCCUGUCUCAACCACGGACACUCUUGACUCAACCACGGGUGGUCCUGCCACAACAACUGCCGCUUCUGACACAACAACGGGCACUCCUGCCUCAACCACAGGUGCUCCUGUCACGACCACGGACACUCUUGCCACGACCACAGGUGCUCCUGUCUCAACCACGGACACUCUUGCCUCGACCACGGGUGCUCCUGCCACAACAACUGGCACUUCUGACACAACAAUGGGCACUCCUGCCUCAACCACAGAUGCUCCUGUCAUGAACACGGACACUCUUGCCACGACCACAGGUGCUCCUGUCUCAACCACGGACACUCUUGCCUCGACCACAAGUGCUCCUGCCACAACAACUGAUGCUUCUGACACAACAACGGGCACUCCUGCCUCAACCACAGGUGCUCCUGUCACGACCACGGACACUCUUGCCACGACCACAGGUGCUCCUGUCUCAACCACGGACACUCUUGCCUCGACCACGGGUGCUCCUGCCACAACAACUGGCACUUCUGACACAACAAUGGGCACUCCUGCCUCAACCACAGAUGCUCCUGUCAUGACCACGGACACUCUUGCCACGACCACAGGUGCUCCUGUCUCAACCACGGACACUCUUGCCUCGACCACAAGUGCUCCUGCCACAACAACUGAUGCUUCUGACACAACAACUGGCACUCCUGCCAUGACCACAGGUGCUCCUCCCACAACCACGGACACUCUUGCCUCGACCACAGGUGCUCCUGCCACAACCACUGCUGCUUCUGACACAACAACGGGGACUCCUGCCAUGACCACAGGCGCUCCUGUCUCAACCACGGACACUCUUGCCUCGACCACAGGUGCUCCUGCCACAACAACUGGCGCUUCUGACACGACAAUGGGCACUCCUGCCUCAACCACAGACGCUCCUGUCACGACCACGGACACUCUUGCCACGACCACAGGUGCUCCUAUCUCAACCACAGACACUCUUGCCUCGACCACGGGUGCUCCUGCCACAACAACUGGCGCUUCUGACACAACAAUGGGCACUCCUGCCUCAACCACAGAUGCUCCUGUCAUGACCACGGACACUCUUGCCACGACCACAGGUGCUCCUGUCUCAACCACGGACACUCUUGCCUCGACCACAAGUGCUCCUGCCACAACAACUGAUGCUUCUGACACAACAACGGGCACUCCUGCCAUGACCACAGGUGCUCCUCCCACAACCACGGACACUCUUGCCUCGACCACAGGUGCUCCUGCCACAACCACUGCUGCUUCUGACACAACAACGGGGACUCCUGCCAUGACCACAGGCGCUCCUGUCUCAACCACGGACACUCUUGCCUCGACCACAGGUGCUCCUGCCACAACAACUGGCGCUUCUGACACGACAAUGGGCACUCCUGCCUCAACCACAGACGCUCCUGUCACGACCACGGACACUCUUGCCACGACCACAGGUGCUCCUAUCUCAACCACAGACACUCUUGCCUCGACCACGGGUGCUCCUGCCACAACAACUGGCGCUUCUGACACAACAAUGGGCACUCCUGCCUCAACCACAGAUGCUCCUGUCAUGACCAUGGACACUCUUGCCACGACCACAGGUGCUCCUGUCUCAACCACGGACACUCUUGCCUCGACCACAGGUGCUCCUGCCACAACAACUGGUGCUUCUGACACAACAACUGGCACUCCUGCCAUGACCACAGGUGCUCCUCCCACAACCACCAACAAUCUUGCCUCGACCACGGGUGCUCCUGCCACAACCACUGCUGCUUCUGACACAACAACGGGGACUCCUGCCAUGACCACAGGCGCUCCUGUCUCAACCACGGACACUCUUGCCUCAACCACAGGUGCUCCUGCCACAACAACUGGCGCUUCCGACACAACAAUGGGCACUCCUGCCUCAACCACAGACGCUCCUGUCACGACCACGGACACUCUUGCCACGACCACAGGUGCUCCUGUCUCAACCACAGACACUCUUGCCUCGACCACGGGUGCUCCCGCCACAACAACUGCCACUUCUGACACAACAACGGGCACUCCUGCCAUGACCACAGGCGCUCCUGUCUCAACCACGGACACUCUUGCCUCGACCACGGGUGCUCCUGCCACAACAACUGCCACUUCUGACACAACAACGGGCACUCCUGCCACGACCACAGGCGCUCCUAUCUCAACCACGGACACUCUUGCCUCGACCACGGGUGCUCCUGCCACAACAACUGCCACUUCUGACACAACAACGGGCACUCCUGCCAUGACCACAGGUGCUCCUGCCACAACAACUGGUGCUUCUGACACAACAACUGGCACUCCUGCCAUGACCACAGGCGCUCCUGACACAACAACAGACACUCUUGCCUCGACCACAGGUGCUCCUGUCACAACAACUGCCGCUUCUGACACAACAACGGGCACUCUUGCCACGACCACAGGCGCUCCUGUCAUAACCACGGACGCUCUUGCCUCGACCACAGGUGCUCCUGCCACAACAACCGGCGCUUCUGACACAACCACGGACACUCUUGCCAUGACCACGGACACUCUUGCCUCGACCACAGGUGCUCCUGCCUCAACAACUGCCGCUUCUGAGACAACGACGGGUGCUCUUGCCACUACCACAGGUGCUCCUGCCAUGACCACCAACACUCUUGCCUCGACCAUGGGUGCUCCUGCCACAACAACAGGCACUCUUGACAUGACCACAGGCACUCCUACCCUGACCACGGAUGCUCUUGCCUCCACCACGGGUGCUCCUGCCACAAUGACGGGCACUUCUGACACAACGACAGGCACUCUUAACAUGACCACGAAUGCUACUGACACGACCAUGGGCACUUUUGUCACGACCACAGGUCCUCUUCCCACGACCACGCGUGCUCAUGACACAACCACGGCUGUUUCUGACACAACAACGGGUGCUCUUGCCACAACCACGAGCGCUCAUGACACAACUGUCCUAGGUCACUGUGAGUCGAAGCCUUGCUCUCAUGACAGCAGAUGUGAGGAGCUCUUUGGUGACUUCAGGUGUUUGUGUCGGCCGGGACUGUUCUACGAUAAGGAGCAGAAGAUGUGUUCUCGUGGAAAGAUUUUCCCAAGUGUUUUAACAUGGAACGAACAGUUUGUUUCCGCAAUGGGAAAUAAGCAUUCACCAGAGUUCAAAAUUAUGUCAGAGGAAAUUAUAACUGCGCUCGAUGAAACGUUUAAAGAUCAACCAGGAUACAUUGGAUCUACAGUUUUGGAGUUAAGGAACGGCAGUGUGAUCGCAGAUGUGGACACUUUCUUUGAAUUUGCGUCAGAAGCCACAGACAGUUUCAUUAAUGAGUUAUUACUAAAUGCAACAGCGACGGGACCUCUUUCUGGUGUCAAAGUUGACUUAAACGACGCAUGUUCUACGGGAUACUGUGAUGAGAGAACCACACAUUGUGAUCUUGAAGAUGGUCUUGCUAACUGCCGUUGCAGAGAAGGAUAUGUGAUGAUUGAUGCAACAGAACAGUCGUGCUUUCCUUGUCCCAGCGGUCAGAAAGCAGUGGAUUCAAAGACGUGUGAACCAUGUGCUUUUGGUUAUUCUGGCUUCAACUGUAAUGAAUCAUAUCUUUUGGCUGUGGUCAUUAGCUCUUCUGUUUUGGGUGCACUGCUACUUGCCGCUGUUGUGACCAUUCUAGUUGUGACUCUCAGGCCAAAGAAAAGCAUCAAGUCUUCGUAUGACAGUGAUUUGUUCAGUGACAUGGAGUUCCAUAAACAUCCAAGAAUUCCCAGAAUCCCACGGGCCAACCCUAACUCUAGCUGGGAACCGGCCAAUCUGGAAACAUUGGACAGUGGAAGCACACAUGCCUUGAUGACCCAAGGCCAGCCAGAGAGUAUAGCAAUGGAAAAAUACAAUAAUGCCUAUAAGGAUGACUCUAGAAGCUAUGGGAGCCAACCCCCUUCCAGAAAUGGCCAUUGGAAUAACAGUGUGUAUGGGAGCGGGGAUGGGUAUGCGAGCGGGAAUGGGUAUGAGAAAAGCAGUGGGUAUAGGAGUAGGACUGGGUAUGAGAGUAGGGGUGGCUAUAGGGCCAGGGCAGUUAUUAAAGGCUCCAGGGACACAAGGAGCACUAACUAUGAUCAAGAUGGCAACACAAACCACAGAUAUUAAUUCCACAAGGAAAAAACUAUGGGACAAAAUUCAUACAAUAUUUAAAAAAACUCUAUAAAUUAAGUCUAGUAUAGGAUAUCUAUUACAUAUCAAAUUAAAUAUAUACGUAUAUGUACAUAAGUAUAUGCAAAUAGGACACAGGAGCCAUAAUGCUAACAAAAAUGGAAUAUUGAAUGGAAACCAAAUUGAGGCUCUUUGAACACACUGCUGACCAUUAAAACUGCAACACUGGAAGGAAGCACAUCAUAUGUGUCUGAAACUUGCAGAAUCGGUGGGUCAUGAUAGAGUGUGAAAGUGAUUGCAAGUGCAGCACAUAUGUAAUGUACAGUAUGUGUGCGUUUUACACCACCUAGACUUUGUAUGACUGCAAGGUGACUGCAAAGCAAUUCAUUAAGUGCUUGCUUGUAGUCAGUGUUCUUUUAGAGACCGAACAAGACAACAAUGGCUGUACAUCCAGCUUUUUGACCUUAUGUGAGAGAGUAUUGAAGGAAUGCAAAAAGCCAGCUUAUCCUUCUGGGACAUCUGCACUCGUGUUGGAAGGAAUGAGACCACACUACUACGGUGCCAAGAACAUGGCCAGUGGCAGGAUCACUGGCAUCCUGUUGUAUUUUCAGAAGAGUCCCGCUUCAGUUUACAGCAUGGAUGAUCGAAUCCAUAUAUGGAGGCACCACAGUGAAAGGCUCAUGGUUUUGGGUGCCAUUGGCUUCCACUCCUAUUCAUGCCUCAUAAACAUUGCUGGUACCUUGACCAGCCAGUGAUACAUCUCAGAGAGAAGUGCACCACAACUGUUCUGUUUCACAACAUCAGCGAUUACUUCGUGUUGCAAGUUUCAUGGCCAGCAGCGUAUAACCUCUGUUCAAUUCAUUUGUAUGCCAUCACAAAACAAACAGAUGUGCAAGGAAAGAAUUGAAUAAACUGUGUCUGACAGAAAAAAAAAUAACAUCACCAUCAGUGUUGCCAGCCACACAUGAUCUAUAAAGCUGUAUGAAUGUAUGUAUGUGGGAGAGAGUACGUAUAUAUAUAUAUAUAUAUACGUUUAUAUGAUGUUAAAUAUCGUACUAUCAAUUUAUGUCAUUUUGUGUCUGUUACUAGAAAACUUUCAAUAUGAAGAAAACAGGAAAGUAAAUAAAUAAAUGGGUAUAAUGGAAGCCAAAUUUCUCAGGAGAUUCAGCAGAUGUCACUGUUUCAUGAUGUUCCAUAAAUCAGUCCAAAGGUCUUAUUUAUUCUUUCCUAUUUAUGCAUGGAUUUUUUUUGUCUUUUUUGUGAUUUACUGUUGUCUAAGCUGGAUCUCAGAUACAGGGAUUUAAAAGAAUAUUAAAGAUAUCAGUAGACUUGUCAAUGACUUCACAGUGGAGCUUAUUGUAACAUUAUGUAAAGUAUGUGUUAAAUGUGGAAGAAUUUGGUGGAAGAGAUGAGUUUGUGCUUGAAUAAAUUAUAUACACAUG